AUGAGAGAAUCUGACCGUAGACAGCCCCUGCACCACGAUAGCAACAACAAACAGAGAAGUGGUGCAAGAGGAAGAGGUCCGAUCUUAAGGAGUCACCUGGAGGCUCCUUCAGCCCUCUUUCCGUGGGAGCACAGGGCACCGGGGCAGAGCGUCUUCUCACGGCAGCUGCUCCAGCACUCAAGCCUGGUCCAGCUCAGUCCAGCCUGCUCCGAAUCCCUGGACAGGAUACUCAAUACUGUGGACGUGAGGAAUAUGACAGCUGAGACUCUUAACUUCGGCCCAGAAUGGCUCCGUGCACUGUCCAGUGGGGGGAGUGUGACGUCUCCCCCUCCCUCCCCUGCCAUGCCAAAGUACAAGCUGGCCGAGUACCGCUACGGCCGCGAGGAGAUGUUAGCACUUUAUAUCAAAGACAACAAGGUCCCUGAGGACAUGCAGGAUAAGGAGUUCGCUGCUAUUCUGCAGGAUGAGCCCAUGCAGCCGCUGGCACUGGAGCCUCUCACUGACGAGGAGCAGAGGAACUUCUCGUUGUCGGUGAACAGUGUGGCUGUGCUGAGACUCAUGGGGAAAGGCGUGGGGGGGGUCGCCCCAACUGGAGCAGUCAGAGGGAGGGGGGCCACACGAGGGAGUCGAGGUCGUGGCAGAGGAGAAGUUGGGUUUUACCAAAGAAGUGUUGAAGAGACGGAGGUGGGCUUCGGUCGCAGUGUGAGAGAGAUCCAUCGCAGUCAGAGCUGGGACGACCGGGGUGAGCGUCGCUUUGAGAAGCCUCUGAGGAGAGAGGUGGGACGGCCAGGCUUUGAGGAGCCUGUAGCGCCCCCUGCUGCUGGGAGGAAGGAGUUUGCAAGGGCUGACAGCGAUAACUGGCGCACUCUCCGAGAGGAGCAGGAGGAGGAGGAGAUGGUGAUGGUGGAGCCAGGACAUAACUGGAGACUGGCAGGAGGUCGCAGAGAAGAUGGCGCUCCUCGCUCAGCGGGAUGGCGGGAUCACUCUGGUCCUGGAGACGGGCGCAGGAGGAAGUUUGACUUUGACUUCCAUGAAGGUCACGGAGGUCGACGGCGAGCGGGUAGCGACGGCCCUGACGAUGGUGACGGUCUCCCUGAGUGGUGCACGGAUGAAGAGGACGGAGAGAUGGGGACGUUUGACUCUUCUGGAGCAUUCAUGGUCAUGAAGAAAUGCGGAAAAGAUUCCAUCCUGGAGGAAGAGCUGGAAUUCAAAGGAAUCGAAGAAGACGAGGAGCUGGAGGAAGGCUUUGAGGAGCUGGAGAAGAGCAGUGAAGCCUCAGAGCGGAGCAAAGCAGCCCUGAAUGGUGUAGAGAAGGCAGCGUCUCCCCCGGUGUCUCCCCCUCGCCUCAGCCCUCUGCUGCAGGAGCCUCAACCCAGUGGGGGGGCCCCUGGGAUGGACAAUGGCCUCUGUAUGAAGCCGAGCGGCACAGACCAAGAUGUGUCUCUGAUGGCCGACCCCAAAGGUCAUCUCUCAUCAAACCCCCUGCCCCCUCCUCCAACCUCCUCUGCACCUCCUCUGCCCCACACGGGAGGAGGAGACCCGGAGGACGACGAAGGCAUGAAGCAUCUGCAGCAGGAGGCAGAGAAGAUGGUGGCCUCUUUGCAGGACACGUCCCUGGAGGAGGAGUGCUUCACUCAGGCACUACAGCAGGAGAGUCGUAACACAGCCUCAGCUCUGCCCCUGUCCCAUGAAGCUGCCAUGAAGUGGUUCUACAAGGACCCACAGGGGGAGAUCCAGGGCCCAUUCAACACUAUAGAGAUGUGUGAGUGGUUCCAGGCUGGUUACUUCACCAUGACUCUCCUGGUGAAGCGCGGCUGUGACGAGGGCUUUCAGCCGCUGGGUGACGUCAUCAAGAUGUGGGGGCGCGUACCUUUUGCCCCUGGGCCCUCACCCCCUCCACUGUUGGUGAGACAGCCUCCCCCACCACAGCGCUCUCAAUCCAGCCGGAGCUCUGCUGGGACCGUGGAUCAGGAUCGACUGAAGAAGCAGCAGGAGAUUGCAGCAGCAGCAGCUCUUUAUCAGCAGCUGCAACAGCAGCAACUGUUUCAGCUCAUCAACAGAUGCAGUGAUGGUAUGAUGCCUUCGAUGAACAGGUCGAUGUCGGUGCCAGACACAGGGUCCAUGUGGGACAUGCAUACCUCAGCUUCACAGCCUUCAGGCGGUGAGGCCAGUCUUUGGGACAUAACAAUGAAUCCUUCGACUCAGGGUCCAACUCUUGAACAGCUUCAAAAACUCCAGGAGAGGAGAGAGGCUGAACUCAGGGCUAAGCGCGAGGAGGAAGAGCAGCGGAAACGCAGAGAGGAGAAAAGGAGGCAACAGGAGGAGCAGAAGAGAAGGGAGGAGGAGGAGGCCUUCAGACGCAAGCAGUGUCGGCAGCAGCAGGAGCUGAUCCUGAAGCUGCUGCAGCAGACUCCUCAGAGCAGUGGUUGGGGAUCAGCGCCCCCUUCUGGUCUGUCCAAGUCUAAACCCUCUGCUCUCACACUGUUGGAGAUGCAGCAGAGAGCACAGCAAAGGGACCGCCAUUCCGGAAUGUCAAUGGGAAACUCGUCAAUGGGAAACCAGUGGAUCGAGGGCAUGGGGAUGUGGACCGGUGCAGGGUCCAUGGACGGGAAGUCUGCGAGUGGUGGCUCUGGGGGGGGCUCAGGGGGGGGUAUGGGCAUGUGGGACGAGGCUGUGAAGAACCAGAGUCGCUCCAACUCCAACAACAUGGGCCUAAAGAACAGCCGCAGCAGCCCUUCCCUCAGUGAACAGUACAUGAUGCGUAGGAAGCGCACAGACGAUGAGGAAAAGCUGCUGAAGCUGCUGCAGGGAAUGAAGCCUCAGGACGGAUUCACCACAUGGUGUGAACAGAUGUUACAUGCUCUGAACACAUCUGCAAACAACUGCUCUUCUCUAGAUGUAGCCACUAUUGUGGCCUACCUUAAAGAGGUGGAGUCUCCGUAUGCAGUGCUGGACUUUAUCCGGUCUUAUCUUGGGGACACAGUGGAAGCCAAAGAGUUUGCCAAACAGUUCCUGGAGCGACGUGCCAAACAGAAAGUCAACCAGCAGAGGCAGCAGCAGCAGUUAUCAAAGGAAAUGGCGGGGCUGAACUUCCCUCUGCAGGAAUCGAUGAGAGGCUUGAACCCAAACACGCUGCAGUCCAUGUUCCAGUCAAGCCACAAGUCUGUGUAUGACCAGAAGAUGAAGAAGAAACAGCCCCUGAUGCUGCACUCGGACCCCAGCAUCUUAGGGUACUCAUUCCACACUGCAGGGGACUGUCUGUCCAUGGGCGACCUGGAGAUGGUGGAGGAGUACUGA